CUACGGCGAGCUCACGCUCUGGGGAGCAGAUGACGCUUUGCCCAAGGACCUUCGGCGGGAAUCGACCCUGGAGCAGCCGGCCAAGUCCUCCACCUGCACGUUGUCAUGACAACACGAUGACCAAAGAAACACCCAGCUGGACAGAAGACGCCUCCCUUUAGCUGCCCGCGCUGCUUUCAUCCAUUUCUAAAGAUAAUUCAUCCAGAUUGAGGCAAAAUGCAGCAGCCUGAAACGCAGCGGACAAUUCAGCAAACAGCGACACAAGUACUGGAUCCAUCAGCUCAGUACUUGCGGCGGAGGAAAGCGGCCCUGUGGGUGACGGUGUCCCUGCUGGCCCUGGCUCUGUUGGUGCUUGCUGUGGGUCUCAUCUCCGCCACUCGCACAGACAACGUGCCUGUGGCUGGAUACUACGCCGGCAUCACUCUGAGUUUUGGAGCUUUUCUGGGGAUUGUUGGCAUCCACCUGGUGGAAAACCGCAGACCCAUGCUGGUGGCAUCGAUCAUAUUCAUCAGCAUGGGAGUGAUUGCGUCUUUCUUCUGUGCCAUUGUGGACGGGAUCAUUGCUUCAGAGUUCAUCGACAUAAGGCCCUUGCAGGAGGACAUGUGUGACUAUUACGCCAGUGGAGCGGGCUACGCCUACGACAACUACUAUACUGAGGUGACGUGCCGUUCGUUUGACAAAGCCUGCAAGCUGAAGCUGAGGAGCAACACCUGCUACUGCUGCUACCUGUACAACUGUGCGAGCACAGAGUUCCACACACAGUACUACGCCUUCACCGGGGUCAGCAGCUGCUGGGAUGUGAUCCACCUGCACCGUCUGCUGUGGGCCUCGGUGGUGCUCAACGUGUUGGGCUUGUUCCUGGGCAUCAUAACCGCCGCGAUCCUCGGAGCGUACAAGGACAUGCAGAAGCCGACUCCGCAGGUGGCCGCCAGCCCGACUCCGGCCCCCCACAUCCUGUACAACCCGACGCAGCACAUGGUCAGCUACGCUGGCUUCUGCCCCUCAGGACAAAGCCUGCCCUCCUACCCCAACUAUCCAACAAACAUGCAGCACAACAGCAACUAUCAGCCACCUGCUACUCCCCAGAUGAUCCCCGAGGGAGGCUCUGCCUCUAACUGCUGCCUCUCCGAGGAGAACCAGAGCCAGCAGCCCCCUCAGACUCAGCCCCAGCCUCAGGGGGCCACCCAGGAGCCAGGCGGCUACAUGCUGACACCCAACGCCCCCGUCCUCUACGGAUCCGCCUACAGCCCCUUUGAGAAGCCGCCACCGUACGCCUGCUGAGCCACGAGACUAACAUCUGGGGCAAGAUGGAUAAAUUCCAUCUCCAUCUGGUCGGACUGAAUGCAGCACGAUGCAUUUCAUAGGUGACCUUGUAGAUGGAAAACAAACAGUGAGCUUCUCUACUACACAGUGGUGUGUAUAUAUAUAUAUAUGCUACAUUUCACGUGGUGGCCCUGAGGAGAGACACAGAUCUAUAGCUAUGUAGUGUGAUUAUAUAGACACGAGUAAGGUAUUUCAUGUGAAUUCCUUUAAAGGAAACAUGCUUUUUUGCCUUUUGGUGUUUCUUGCGUCUCUUGAGUUAAACGAGGAGACUGAUUCCCCUUUUCUUCAGUCACAGCUAGCAGCGUAGCAAUAAGACUGAAAACGAGGGGGAAACUGCUAAGAAUAAAACCUUGGCCCGCCAGAGCCCGUAAAUCUCAAUAAUUAUCUUGAGAUAUUUCCAUAGUUUAAUCUGCACAGAAAAUGAAGUUUAAUUCUGUACUUUUUGGUAAGAUGCCAUGUUUCUCAGCAAGAAAGCAAAGGUGUAUUUCCAAAAAAGCUAACCAUAAGAAGCUUCCAUGUGACUCGUGAAUAGGUGUAUAGUGGUAUACUUGACUGUGACCUGAUAGUUGUUCCUAUUCUAAUUUGUCUAGACUGAAGUUAGUCAUCAUUGUCUGUCUAUAUAUUAACUAAUGUGUAAGUACUAAAAAGGGCUUUCUUGAAAUGUGAAAUGUAGAGUAAACAACAAUGAUAUUGCUGUUAUUUCAUUAUGUAAGUGUGGAUCAUCUAAUGUGAACUUUAAGUCAACACACUGUAUUAUUGAAGAUGCAUGUUAACUGCUGUGGGAUUAGACGCUGUAGCUGUUUUAAAAAAACAAAAUGUAUUAGUCACAUUUAAGAAAUACACACAAUGCACACAAAAUAAAGAUUGAGU